AUUUUAAGCCUUACGGACGUUUCUUUUAUGUGCACCACACUCAACGUUUUAACGAACACGCACUUCUUUUAAAAAACAUUAGCCAGCUUUAUUUUAUCCAUCAACUUCACAGACAUAUAGCAAGAGCUGUGUUAUACUGUGUAAUAUAUAUAGAGUACCUGUAUCUUUAAACUGCGGAGUGUAACUGUUUGGUUCCUUACUUUGCUCACCAGAGGAAGGCGGGGAAAAGAAUGAAGGCUGCUAAGAAGAUUCGUCUCUUGAUUUUACUUUGUUUAGCACCGUAUUUCACGUUUUUAGAUGCAAAAGAAGAUGCUAAAACGUCGCCUCAUAUUGUUUUCAUCCUGGCUGACGAUUACGGUUGGAAUGAUGUGGGGUUUCACGGGUCUAAAAUUAAAACCCCAAAUCUUGACAAACUUGCUUCACAGGGAGUUAGACUGAACAAUUAUUACGUCCAGCCGUUGUGCACACCGUCCCGAAACCAACUGAUGACCGGAAGAUAUCAGAUCCACACAGGAAUGCAGCAUGAGAUAAUCUGGCCUUGCCAGCCCUACUGUGUCCCGCUGGAUGAGAAAUUCCUUCCACAGCUGUUGAAGGAGGCAGGCUACUCCACACACAUGGUCGGAAAGUGGCACCUGGGAAUGUACAAGAAAGACUGUUUACCGACGAGGAGAGGCUUCGACACCUACCUUGGCUACCUGACAGGAAGUGAAGAUUACUUCAGUCACCAUCGUUGUGCCUUCAUCACACCUCUGAACUUAACUCGCUGUGCCCUGGACAUGAGAGAUGGGGAGGAAGUGGCAACAGGUUUUGCAGGCAGAUAUUCUGCUCAUGUCUUUGUCGAGAGAGCCACUGACAUUAUCGCUAAGCACAAUCCACAAAAGCCUCUCUUCCUGUAUGUGGCCCUCCAGUCAGUCCAUUGUCCCCUGCGGGUGCCAGAAAGCUACGAGAAGCCGUACAGCUUCAUUCAGAACAAGGAGCGGAGAACCUAUGCAGGCAUGGUGUCUGCCAUGGACGAGGCUGUGGGCAACAUCACCAAGGCACUGCAUGCCAGUGGGCUUUGGCAAAACACUGUGCUGGUCUUCUCUACAGAUAAUGGAGGACAGACCCUGUGUGGGGGAAACAACUGGCCCCUGCGGGGAAGGAAGUGGUCCCUGUGGGAAGGCGGGGUGCGCGGCGUGGGCUUCGUCACCAGCCCUCUCCUGAAGCGCAGUGGUGUCGUGAGCAGGGAGCUUAUCCACAUCUCGGACUGGCUGCCCACUCUUGUUGGCCUGGCUGGGGGUUCCACCAACGGCACCAAACCCCUGGACGGCUUUGAUGUCUGGAAGAGCAUCAGUGAAGGAAGACCAUCCCCUAGAGUGGAGUUGCUGCAUAACAUUGACCCUCUGUAUGUGGACAUUGCAUCAUGUCCUGGCAGAGUCUCCGAAUUGACUUUGGCAUCAAAUCUUGGUCAAGGCAUGUGGAGUAACUCUAGAUUCAAUGUUUCAAUUCAUGCUGCCAUACGCUAUCAGAACUGGAAACUGCUAACAGGAUACCCAGGCUGUGACUACUGGUUCCCUCCCCCUGAGCUUAGCAACAGUUCCAAGAUUCACAAACCUGUAACCCCGCUGAAAAAUGUGAUGCUCUUCGACAUUGAGGCUGACCCAGAAGAAAGACAUGAGAUAUCUGAGAAGAACCCAGAGGUUGUGGACCAUCUUCUCAGCAGGCUCCAGCACUACGAGAAGAGCUCUGUGCCGGUGGUGUACCCUAAUGAAGAUAAACAGUGUGACCCGGGGCCUGCAGGAGCCUGGGGCCCUUGGGCCUAGACAAAGAGAAAAAAUCAUUUUUAAUGCACUGAAAUUAUUUUUUUCCCCAUUAAUUCAGACAAUAUAUGCAACAAUUUGGAGGGGGAAAAUAUUUUUAUUGCAUAACCAGAAUAGAUGAGAAAUGGAAAUAUUUUCUUACUGAAAUAUGCAGCCCCCUGAGUUAAAACUCUGUAGAAUAUAUACAGUAGGUAUAUUCUCUAUAGCUGUGUCACCUUUCCACUUUCAAAUUUGAGGAUUUUCGCCCAUUCUGACUUGCAGAUUUGGAUGCUGAGCAUUGCUGAACCACAGACAUGUCCGUCCACAGAUUCUCAGUGAGAGUCAAGUCUGGACUUUGACUGGGAGACUCAUGGACAUUCACCUUCUUGUUCUGAAGCCACUCCAGUGUGUCUUUGGCUGUAUGCUUGUGGUCGUGGUCAUGUAGUCUAAAUAUUUUGCUGACUGAAGCAGGUCACUUCAAGGACUUGCCUGUAUAUGGCUCCAUUCAUUGUUCCAUCUAUUCUGACAAGUGCCCCAGUCUCUGACACUGAAAAGAUCCCUGAAAGAUCAUACCGCCACCACCAUGCUUCAUAGUAGGGUUGGUGUUACACAGUUUUUCUUUAAUCUCUUUCCUAAAUCAAAAUGGGGUGAAUAUUUUCUGAAGGCACUCUAAGAAAGACUUGAAAGGCUAGGUUGUAUUUGUGGGGAAAACUGUGAAUAGAAAUUAUUUGUCCAGUAGCACUUUGUGAAGUUUCCUUUUGAAAACUCAACUAGUUAACUAUAUUGAAACAAGUACUGCAGGCAGUGUCUCCUUGUUUAUGGGUUAUGGAAAUAUAUUAUUAAUGUUUCAGUCACUGUAUUUAAAGAUGGUAACUUCAUGAUGUGGGUAAUGGAGAUUCCAAUUAAACACAGCCUGUGUGGUGUAACAUCCCCAUGUUUAACCCCUGGCCCCUGGCCAUAAAUUUCUGUUUAAACAAUAAAAUUACUGUGCACUGUG